AUGCGACCUUUCCAGAGAACCAUCCUUCCACUCGCCAGAGCCAGGCCAUCACCAGCCCUCGCCAGAGCGACACAAGGCCGGCGACAAUUCCAUGUCGUAUCCCCGGGAGACGCUGUUGCGUGGGCUGCAGAAACCAUCAGCUCCCUCCACACCUUCGGCCUGCCUUGGCUACUCACCCUCCCGCUGGUGGCUGUAGGAUUCAACUUCUCCCUCAGGCUACCCAUCCAGUACUACUCUCGCCGACUCAUCCUCACGAGGAACCAGCUGAACCCCCUGCUCACGGCUUGGAGCUCGCGACACGCCUCGGAAGCUUCCUCCAUCUACCGCGUGAGAACCGCCCGUGCCAAGCUCCACGUUGCCAGACUCACAGAGAAGUCGCGCAAGAGGAUUUACAAGGCUUGGGGUGUGCAGAGAUGGAAGGCCUUCGCGUCCCUCUUCAGCAUUGCCCCCUUUAUCGUCGUCUCCGAAGCUCUGCGGCGUCUUUGUGGUGCGCCCUUUGGAUGGAUCGGCCACUUCUUUCUGCAAUCAGGGGCCGACCCGGCUGCCGUCUCAGCUGCACUCUUGGACGAGACGCUGGCCGACGGAGGCAUCUCGUGGAUCAACGACCUGACCGUGGCCGAUCCCUACUACACCUUACCCCUUCUCUGCUCGGCGAUACUCGCACGGAACUCGUGGGGAAGACUAUCCACGGACCAGCUCCGAAAACUGCUCAAAGUAAACGACACCGAGAGCCCAAUGACGCCAAUAUCAAGAGUGCAGACGUCCAUCGGCAGAGUACUCCUUCUCGUGCCUUUCUUCCCCAUCUUGGUCGCCGACCUGCCCAGCGCCAUCUUCGUAUUCUGGGCUACGACAUUUGCGCUCAACGACGUCAAUGAAUCCAUUCUGGAGCGCCUCGUCCCCAAGGCGAACCCAAAACUCAAACCACCGCAAAGCAGAACCAAGUCUUCUCUCGACAUGCCCUACAUGAGAGGGAAACUUGCCGACACAAAGACAAUAAAAGAAUGA